AGGGAUGCGGUGAACGAAAGAAGGCACCGGAGUUUCAACUUCCAAGUUAGAAUAGUCUACCAACUUAGUGUACCUCCAAGUGUGGAGUUGCUUCCGGUCUUUAGGGUUUAGGGUUCAUUUCGAGGGAGCAUACAAACUGCAUUCCUUCGAGGGUGUUAAGAACUAGGUUAUGCGCGAAGCUCCCUCUUUUCACUCACUUUCGUCGGCCACAGCAGCUCUCGUCUCGCCCGUAUUGCCGUCGCGCUUCGAUCCCUUGGCGCAAGUUCGAAGCCAUGAAGUUGAACAUUGCGUGCCCCACCACGGGGUGCCAGAAGAAGGUGGAGAUCGAUGACGAUCAGAAGCUGCGCGCGUUUUACGACAAGCGCUUGUCCCAUGAGGUCAGCGGUGAUUCUCUUGGAGAUGAAUUCAAGGGAUACGUCUUCAAGAUCAUGGGAGGAUGCGACAAGCAAGGUUUCCCCAUGAAGCAGGGAGUUAUCACCCAGGGUCGUGUGCGCAUCUUGAUGCACAGAGGUACCCCAUGCUUCCGAGGACACGGAAGGCGCAAUGGUGAGCGCAGACGCAAGUCUGUUAGAGGAUGCAUUGUUAGCCCGGAUCUGUCUGUGUUGAACCUUGUCAUCGUUAAGCAAGGAGAGAAGCACCUUCCCGGACUUACCGACACCGAGAAGCCUAGGAUGAGGGGUCCCAAGAGGGCCACGAAGAUUAGAAAGCUGUUUAACCUCUCGAAGGAAGAUGAUGUGAGGAAGUACGUCAACACCUACCGCCGAACAUUCACCUCUGCCACAGGUAAGAAGUGCAGCAAAGCACCCAAGAUUCAGAGGCUUGUGACUCCUCUUACCCUCCAGAGGAAGCGCUCCAGACUCGCAGAGAAGAAGAAGCGUGUUGCUAAGGCCAAGAGCGAAGCUGGUGAAUACCAAAAGCUUCUUGCUUUGAGGUUGAAGGAGCAGAGGGAACACAGAAGCGAGAGUCUUGCGAAGAAGCGGGCCUCCCGAGCCUCCGUUGCAUCCAAGGUCGAGUCUUAAAAUGUGGGCCGGGUGGAAUGAGAGUUUAGUUUUUUCAACAGGUGCUUGUUCUCAAGGAUUAACCUGUUGUAACGCGAACGCCAUGUGAAGUCUUUAAUAUAUCAAGUUGUAAAUGAAAGUUGCAAUUUGCCCCACCACUUGCAGUGGAUUUUUAUCUGGAGAACAGAACAUAAAUUUAUAAUCUCCGUUUCCGACAUUCCUGUAUCAUGGUAAUCGCAUUUGCCCGUUUUGUUUUGCUCGUAGUACGUCUGUGAAUUCCUUUUUCUUGGUAUUUGCAAUCGUAGAGCUGUAACAUGAAGUCACGGUGAAUUGGCCGUCCGGGUACAUGUGUAAUUUAACUUCUCGCCACUUGAUUACUGAUUCUCACACAAUACCACUGUUCUAGGCUGACACACGCAGACCGGUUCUGGUGCAUUUAGUGUGAGGCAUGCACAUGGUAUUUCUGUCCAAUAUACCUUUCGCAUCUCUGCUGUUUGGGGUUUUCAUGCCUACUCCCUACAGGAUCACCUGGUUACGAAGCUUGAAUUCAGCUUGUCAGAUGUCGAACUAUUUACCGUAGGGUCAGAAGGUUUGUAGUUUCAGAUUGGAUUCCCGGAGAGCAGAUAUGGCGUCAUCAGUACUAUGACACUAUACCUGGGCUUGAAGAAGCAAUAAGAGACUAAGCCACCGGGUUUGUAGGUAAAUUGCAUUUUAGGGUCGGAGCAAGAUGCACGAGAGUGGAUGGAGAGACACAUUGGACUAUAUUUAAUAUGGAUAGAUUGUUAUGAAAUCGACGCAAAUAGACAGCGUAA